AUCCCCGAGAGCGCUGGUCUCUAUCACCCUUUGUCCUCCAGCCUCCCGGGGGCACUGGGCCUGCGGGCCUGGUUGCUAGGCGGAAGCGGGGCGCGGCGGUGGCCGCGGCGGCGGCCCGGGCGUUUGAAAAGCGGCUUCGCAGGCGGCAAAAGACCCCGCCUGCGGGCCGCAGCCCGCGACCAUGGUCUCCAAGUCCGACCAGCUGCUCAUCGUCGUGUCCAUCCUGGAAGGUCGCCAUUUCCCCAAACGUCCAAAGCAUAUGCUUGUAGUAGAAGCAAAGUUUGAUGGAGAACAGUUGGCUACUGAUCCCGUGGACCACAUUGACCAGCCAGAAUUUGCUACAGAGUUAGCCUGGGAAAUUGACAGGAAAGCACUCCAUCAGCACAGGCUACAGCGUACUCCUAUCAAACUCCAGUGUUUUGCCUUGGAUGCUUUGACUUCAGCCAAGGAAACUAUAGGUUACGUUCUUCUAGACUUAAGAACUGCUCAAGAAACAAAGCAGGCACCAAAAUGGUACCAGUUGCUGAGCAAUAAAUACACCAGGUUCAAGUCUGAGAUACAGAUAAGCAUUGCUUUGGAAACAGAUUCAAAGGCACCAGUGGAUAGUUUUAAGGCAAAGGGAGCUCCCCCUCGAGAUGGAAGAGUACCUGCUAGCCUGCCUGGACUUGACCCCAAGGACAUUGUGGCCGUGCUGAAUGAGGAAGGAGGCUACCAUCAGAUCGGACCAGCAGAGUCUUGCACUGACUUCUUCCUUAUGUCAGUAACCAUAGCGUUUGCCACCCAGUUGGAGCAGUUAAUUCCAUGUACCAUGAAACUUCCAGAAAGACAGCCUGAGUUUUUCUUUUACUAUUCUUUACUGGGAAAUGAUGUUACAAAUGAACCCUUCAAUGAUUUGAUCAACCCAAACUUUGAGCCAGAGAGAGCGUCCGUUCGAAUACGAAGCAGUGUAGAAAUUCUUCGUGUUUACUUGGCUUUUCAAUCUAAACUACAGCUCAUUAAAAUCAUCACACCUAGCAACAUUAAGACUAAGUUACAGAUCCAUCUCUGCUGUGGAGACCAGUCACUUGGAAGUACAGAAAUACCUUUAGCAGGAUUACUGAAAAGGGGUAGUACAGAAAUCAACCAGCGCCCAGUUACAGUUGAGGGUGCUUUUACCCUUGACCCUCCAAACCGAGCCAAACAAAAGCUUGCACCUAUUCCUGUGGAGCUGGCCCCAACUGUGGGAGUGUCUGUGGCUCUGCAGAGAGAAGGCGUAGACGCACAGUCUUUAAUUGAAUUAAAGACCCAGAAUGAACAUGAGUCACAGCAUUCAAAGAAGAGAGUUUUAACUCCCAUAAAGGAGAAACUUACUGAGCCAAAGUCACCAAGUGUGUCCCCUGUUAUGCCUCACAACCAGUCACCUCCAACAAAAGAUGAUGCAACAGAAAGUGAAGUGGAAAGCUUACAGUAUGAUAAGGACACAAAACCAAACCCAAAGGCCAUCAGUUCUUCUGUACCUGCUUUGCCGGCCCAGCCGGUGACAGCAUCCAGUGCUCCGGAAACAGCUUCAGGACAGAAGAUUGCUGUUCCAGCCACAUCACACCAUUUUUGCUUUUCGAUAGACCUACGGAGUAUCCAUGACUUGGAAGUUGGUUUUCCAAUCAACUGUAUUUUAAGGUACUCAUAUCCAUUCUUUGGAAGUGCAGCUCCUAUUAUGACUAAUCCUCCUGUUGAAGUUCGGAAAAACAUGGAAGUUUUUCUUCCCCAAUCUUACUGUGCAUUUGAUUUCGCAACUAUGCCUCAUCAGCUGCAAGAUACCUUCUUAAGGAUUCCAUUGCUGAUUGAAUUAUGGCACAAGGAUAAAAUGAGUAAAGAUUUACUUCUGGGAAUCGCUAGAAUCCAGCUUUCAAACAUCUUAUCUUCAGAAAAAACUCGCUUUUUAGGUUCUAAUGGUGAACAGUGUUGGCGUCAAACUUACAGUGAAAGUGUGCCUUUUAUAGCAGCACAAGGGUCAAAUAACAGGAUAAUAAAUCUUUCUUACACCAUGACUCUAGAAGAUUAUGGAAUAUUAAAAACACGUGAGAUUUUUGUCUCUGAUUCAUCUCAGGGUUUAACUGCUGUACAACAGAACUCAUCUUGUCUUCCUCCCGCACCUUGUCCUUCAGAAGUCCAGACAGAGCCUCGUGAAACCUUAGAAUACAAAGCAGCACUUGAGCUAGAAAUGUGGAAGGAGAGGCAAGAAGACAUUUUUGAAAAUCAGCUAAAGCAGAAAGAACUAGCUCAUAUGCAAGCUCUUGCAGAGGAAUGGAAGAAAAGGGAUCGAGAGAGAGAAUCACUAGUAAAGAAAAAGGUGGCUGAAUAUACUCUUCUGGAAGGAAAACUUCAAAAAACCCUAAUUGAUUUAGAGAAGAGAGAGCACCAGCUGGCCAUUACAGAAUCAGAGCUUCAACGAGAAAGAAGGGAACUGAAAUCAGAACGUGAACAGAACCUGCAAGAACUUCAGAACUCUAUCCGUAGGGCCAAGGAAGAUUGUGUUCACCAAGUAGAACUGGAAAGGUUAAAGAUCAAGCAGCUAGAAGAGGACAAACACCGACUUCAGCAGCAGCUUAAUGAUGCUGAAAAUAAGUAUAAGAUUUUGGAAAAAGAGUUCCAGCAGUUCAAGGAUCAGCAAAGCAACAAACCAGAAAUCCGCCUACAAUCUGAAAUAAACCUUCUCACCUUGGAAAAGGUUGAACUUGAAAGAAAGUUGGAAUCUGCAACUAAAUCUAAACUGCAUUACAAGCAGCAAUGGGGACGAGCUUUGAAAGAACUUGCCAGACUUAAACAGCGGGAGCAAGAAAGUCAAAUGGCUCGUCUUAAAAAACAGCAAGAAGAAUUGGAACAGAUGAGACUGCGUUACUUGGCUUCUGAGGAAAAAGAUACAGUAAAAACCGAGCGACAAGAAUUGUUGGAUAUAAGAAAUGAAUUAAACAGGUUAAGGCAACAAGAACAAAAACAGUGCCAGGAUUCCAGAGAGAUUGCAAGUGGAAAAGUGGAUGGUCCACAUGGCGAUGCCCUGGAAGAAGGUUUGGAUGAUUAUUUGACUCGCCUAAUAGAAGAGAGGGAUACUUUGAUGAGGACGGGUGUGUAUAAUCACGAGGAUCGAAUAAUAAGUGAACUUGACCGACAGAUCAGAGAGGUUUUGGCAAAAAGCAAUACCAGUAAUUAAUAACAUUUGGAAAAUCUUUACAGACUUCAGGUCUAAAUUUUAAUUUCAUUGUAAAACCCUUAAAUGAAGGGCAAAAUGGAUGUUUUAAGAUGCAAUUUUCAGUUUUUUUAUAAGCAAAAAUUUUAUAUGCUAUUGUAUAGUAUUUAUUUGAUUUUAUUUACUUUGUGCUACCUCUCCCAUUCUGGUUUUAUUUGUAAUUGCAUUUUAUAUACUCAUUUUAAAUGCCUUUUCAGUCAGUGUUCCUUGUAAUUUAUAAUUUCAUGGCUGAGAUUUCAAAAUAGCUUUUCAUAAAUUUGUCCUAGGAGAAAUGACUGCAGUUAUAUAUUUUCAUGUUGAGCCAAAAGAGUACAUGUUGCACUUUAAAAAUGUGUCCUAUUCAUUUUGAAUAUAGAUAUCUUAAUUGUUUAGACCAAUUGCAAAUGUAAACAAUUUUAUUUAACUUGUUUUAGAUGUCCUGUCUUUUUUACUUCUAACAUUAGCAAGUGACACGUUUGAAAACAGGAAACAGGAUAAAUGCAAAGAAGCCAUAUGGUAAUAUUGAGAGACAAGUUAGUCCUUUAUUUAAAGUUCACACAGAUUAAACUUGUUUCAAGCCCUAUUGAAUUUUCGAAUUUUCAGUGUGCUCUUAACUUUUAAGAAUGUGAAGUAGCAGCUUAAUAAGGUCUUUGUCAGCCUCUUGCUCAAGAUUGCAUCAUUUUCUUUUGUUGAAAAUAGAGAUUUCUUUUUGUUUUUCAGUAAUAGUAUGACUAGUUAACUCUGUAAUAUAGAAAUAGGUACUUUUUAAAAAAAGACUUUAGCUGGAAAAGUAGAAUGAAAAAAAAUUUUUUCUCCCUCUAAUUUUAAUCAGUCUUUUUAAAAAGUACAUGAGAUUAAAUCAUUGGAUUUACAUAGUGCCAUGUUUGUAUAAACUUAAGAAUUCCUUUACAUAUUCUUCAGAGCCAACAUUUGUCCUCAGAGCACUUCCCACGUCCUUUUAAAGGGUACUGAAAAGGCUUAUUAGAAAUUUCCCAAUUUGGUGAGUCUUUAAAUAUAUAUAGUUUGAAAUUUCUGAUUCCCAAAUAUAAUAAAUUUAAGUAUGUACUUCAGGUGGGAUACAUACUAUUUACUGAUAACUUCUGUAAAAGCAGAAUAGGCCAUUUGGUAACACUAAAUUAAUUUUCUGUUGCUUUCCAAGGAGGUAUGUUUCUUGUUUGGGAAAUUAAAGUCCCUGCAUGCAUUAUAUGGUUUUUUCUUUAUUAACAAAGUAUUAAUCUGAAAACAACCCAGCAGUAAAUAACAGAGAAAGAAAUUACUGAAUGAGAAAAUAAUGAAUAUGUGAAUCAUAACAAGAAUUUGAAACAUUAAUUAUGGUUAGGCAUUAUCUCUUACCGAAUUCCGUGCCACGUGAAUUGAACAGAGUAUUCUUUUUGUUUCGGAAAGUCUCGGGUAAAAUACAGUGACUGCCUUCAAUUGCAUUGUGUACUGUGUGUGACUCUUCUCAAACACUAGAGGGGGCCUUAGAUUUAAAGAAACAAAAAGGACUUUGCUAAAAUGGAUGUGUGGUUUAUUUUGCUUGCUGUAAAGCUAUCUUUUGGCUAUGUAUUUUAACAAAUAAAAUGGUAAUCGUAUGCAUG